GAUUGCCAUGGCAACAGAGGCCUGAGUCCUUUCUAGUCGCCUAGGGGUGACAUCACUGUCAUCGCUGGAUUCAGAGGUGACCUACGACUUUAAAGCCGGUUCCUGACUGUAAAACCAGUUCCCGAUGCCAGGAGCGAGUGCUUAACAAGUCUGAUACCAUGGGCUCCACUCCAGCACGGUUCAAAAAAGAAUCAGAAUGGCGUCCCUUUUGUAAGAAUGUGGUUUUCAGCAGCUGCUCUUCCAGCUCAGAAUUUAUCUCGGCUUCACUGGUGACCUUAGAAAGACAACAAGUUUGCUACAAACAAAUUUCAAGACCUAGUUUCUGGCCCCUGACAUUCAUGGGGUUGCAGACGAAAAAGGUCCUGCUUACCCCCCUCAUACACCCUGCUCGUCCUUUCCGGGUUUCAAACCAUGACCGAAGCAGCCGGCGUGGGGUGAUGGCCAGCAGCCUGCGGGAACUUAUCAGCAAGACUCUGGAUGUCUUGGUCAUCACAACUGGCCUGGUCACGCUGGUGCUGGAGGAGGAUGGUACCGUGGUGGACACAGAGGAGUUCUUUCAGACCCUAAGAGACAACACACACUUCAUGAUCUUGGAAAAGGGACAGAAAUGGACACCGGGCAAUAAGUAUGUCUGCACACAAACAAAGAAGUCAGGAAUAGCCAGAGUCACCUUCGACCUAUACAGGCUGAAUCCCAAGGACUUCCUCGGCUGUCUCAAUGUCAAAGCCACCAUGUAUGAGAUGUACUCAGUGUCGUAUGAUAUCCGCUGCACAAGCUUCAAGGCCUUGUUAAGGAGUCUGCUGCGGUUCGCAUCCUAUGCUGCCCAGGUGACCGGACAGUUCCUGGUUUAUGCGGGCGCUUAUGUGCUCCGAGCACUGGGUGACACAGAAGAGCAGCCAUCCCCCAAGGCUAGCGCCAAAGGCUGGUUCAUGUAAUCAGAUCACAGAUACAGAGGUCCAGGGACCCAGCUUUCACGCAAAUUCUCUACCAUCUGUUACAGGCUGUGGGAUGUCAGAGGAAGGAACGGGGUUUGGUGGUGGUACCCAGGGCAGGACCGAGCAGCAGGAUUCCCGCAAGAGAAAGGAGGCAGAUGGGCCUUUCAAGAGCUUUAGGAAGCGACUAACAGCAGAGUGUCUGGGAACAUACGAAUCAGUCUCUUGCAUAUUGUAAUAAACCAAACACAAGACUCGCCAUUAA